UAAAUUUAUUAUAGAAUUUAUUUGCAAAUGAAGUUCAAUAUCUACAAUUCAAAAAGUAUGUUAAUUCUAUAGACUUUAAUCUCGUUUUUAUAUCAGUAUCAGCAAAUGGUUUUAGAAAGAACUUCCGUUAAUAUCAGCAUUUUCAAGGAAGUUAUAGAUGAAUCUGAUGGUUGUGGUGCUAAGUUUUCUGUAACAAUUGUUUCUCCUAUUUUUGAAGGCAAAUCUUUACUUCAACGACAUAGAUUGGUAAAUUCAAUAUUAGAAAAAGAACUUAAAACAAUUCAUGCAUUUUCACAAAAAACAUUAACACCAGCAGAGUGGAAAAAAUAGGAAAUGAUAAAAAAAUAUCUUUCGCUAAUAAUCAAUUUAUUUAUAAUUUAUUCAUAAAAGAAAUUGUUUUAUUUCUAAGUUUUAUAAAUAAAAUACAAAAGAUUUAAAAUGA